GAAGGCGCUGAAGUUAGCGGCAGUCGAAACACACUGAGCAGCUCUGUGUGUGUGUGUGUGUGUGUGUGUGUGUGUGUGUGUUUUCACUGUUUCUUUUCUUUUUCGUGGACUUUGCAUCAGACCGCGAUGGGAGUACUCCGGUUGUUGCCGUCCUGUCAAAGGAUUUUUAAAGUUCCUGAAGCGUGAGGGGAGAAAGAGACACAUAUUCCUGGAAGAGUCACCGAACUGGACCUCAGGUCUGAGGAUCUUCGUGGAGGUAUUAAAGAUGGCAGCUUCAUCAACAACUCUCCUCAUUUUAGCAGCAGUGCUUCUGCAUGUGGCAAGAUAUCAGGGGAGUAUGGUAAAAGGAAAGAACAGCUUGCCACUGCGGUUCACACACCAUCUGUACAAUGCCACCAUCAACGAGAACUCAGCCCCGCGGACGUAUGUUGAGACACCAGUGAAGAUGGGUAUUGAAGUGAGAGAUCUGUUUGGGAAAAUUGCAUAUAAUGUUGUCUCAGGUGACGACGACGACCUUUUCCAAGCAGAGGCGGUCAAAGUUGGGGAUUUCUGCUUCCUCAGGAUCAAAACACGCAGCAGCAACUCAGCUCUCCUCAACAGGGAGGUCAGAGACACUUAUACCCUCACUGUGGAGGCAACUGAAAGCACUUUCGGCUUCCAGGCGAGGACGAAGGUGUUUGUCCAGGUGCUUGACACCAACGACUUAAAGCCUCUUUUCUAUCCUGCCUCUUACAACGUGGCCAUCAGGGAGGACACCCCACUUAAGUCAAGUGUGGUCAGGGUUAGCGCCACAGAUGCCGACACUGGGAGCAAUGCUGAGUUUUAUUACUCUUUCACCAGCAGAGCUCAUCCUUUUGUUGUUGACCCUUUCACAGGCACAGUCACUCUCAUCAGAAAGCUCAAUCACACCCGGUCAGAGAGAUAUGACCUCACUGUUUUAGCUGAGGACAGGACAAAGAAGAUAUCUGGUGUGCAGAAAUUCGGUAAUGUUGCCCGAGUCACUCUAAACGUACAAAAGAUGUCCAUGGGGUCUCCAGUCAUCACAUCUCCCCCCAAACCCACACUCUCUACCGAUGGCAAAAUAACUAUCAAUGUCCACGUGGAGGCAGGAGUUAAGUCUGUGGAAUCCCUUAAUAUUGUUGGAGGGAAUCCUCACAAGUGUUUUGAGAUAAUCCCCUUAGGUGUGCAGGGCAAUGACUUCCAAGUGAUCUCUACAAAGAGGAUUAUCUGGUCUCAAACUCCCUUUGGGCUGAAUCUGUCCCUUCAAGCUAAAGACAGGAGCUUCCCAAGUUUACUCUCCCCAAUUACUCAAGUCCACAUUCCAGCCUAUCAUUACAGUCCGUUGGCAUUUUUGGAAGACACCUACAUUGUGACACUGAGUGAGUUUUCACCUCCUAAAACUCAUGUACUGAAGGUUUCUGUCACCUCAGUGCCUUAUAAUGUUACCUUCAGUAUCAAAAAUAAUCCAGAGAGCUCUAAAUUCAAGAUUAAUCCAAAAACAGGGAUUAUCAUAACAACAGGGAAAUUUGAUUAUGAGAUAAAGGAUCGAUAUGAGUUCGAUGUAGUGGCCAAUCAUGGGGAAGCGGAGACUCACAUAGUGGUUGAGAUAACAGAUGAAAAUGACAACAGCCCACAGUUCACCCAGACCUCCUAUCAGGCCACAGUGGAUGAAAACACUCCUGUUGGCAGCAGUGUUUUGAAAGUAGCAGCCACAGACAAAGAUAAAGGCAAAAAUGGCUUUGUGACUUAUGAAAUUGCCAACUCAGGCCCCUUACCUUUUACAAUAGACCCAUUCACAGGUGUUAUUUCAACCUCUGAACACUUGGACUAUGAGCUGAUGAAACGGCGGUACCACCUGAGAGUCUGGGCUUCGGACAGCGGCAGCCCCUUCAGUCAGGUCAGCGAAUGUCCAGUGACAAUAACUCUGAACAACAUCAACGAUAACAUCCCUCUGUUUGAGAGAGUGGGCUGCAAUGCCACUGUACCUCAGGAUUUUUCAGUGGGGCACACGAUCUGCGAGCUGUCCGCCAUUGACUUAGAUGAGCUGCAGCAGCUGACGUAUGUGAUCGAGUCAGGGAAUGAGCUCCAAGUCUUUGGUAUUGACUCAGUGUCAGGAGCCAUCACCCUUAAGCAACCGAUUCCUUUACGAGCGGGUUCGUUCACGUUGAGAGUUGUAGCCACAGAUGGAAAGCAUCACUCCGAAGCCUCAGUUGUCAGGAUAACUGUCACGAACAGAGGGGACGAUGCAACGCUCCACUGCCAGGAAACGGGCAUUUUCAAACACCUAACCGAUAAACUGAUAGAGUCGAUCAAACCCAUUUUAACCAGCCAAGAGGAAGACGCGUUCUCUGACAUUCACAUCACCAACCGACAUUCUCCGAAGUUUGACCUGAGCAUUCCCAGUUCAAUUGACCUCAGUGAGGACCAUCCACUGAAUUCCACAGUUGUUCGGUUUAAGGCAACGGACAAUGACUCUGGGUUUAAUAGUAAGCUGGUGUAUGCCAUAUCAAGCGGGAAUGAAGAUGGCUGUUUCUCCAUUGACACUUUCUCUGGUGACCUUCAGUUAGUUUGCUCAGUAGACAGAGAGAGUAAGGAGUUCUACAUUCUGAACAUCACUGUUUAUGACUUGGGAACACCGCAAACAUCUGCAUGGAAAUUCAUCGCAGUGAAUGUCAUGGACGUCAAUGACAACCCUCCUGUUUUUGACCAGGCUAGAUAUGUGAUACGUGUGCCCGAAAACACAGAAGUUGACUCUAUUAUUUUCACAGCACGCGCGAUUGAUCUGGACACAGACAUGAGUGGCAGUGUCCAAUAUUCCCUGCUGACGUCCACUGACAUGUUCAGAAUUGACGAACUGACCGGCGAGGUGACUGUGAAGGGCCAUUUGGAUCGAGAAACCUCACCCAGGCAUGACCUCCGGAUUGAAGCCAGAGACCAGGCCACACUCGGCCCUCAGUUGUUCUCCAUGAUUGACCUUGUUGUUGUUUUGCAAGACAUAAAUGACAACCCACCCAAAUUUGUACCCAAGUUUUAUAAAAUAAAAGUUCCAGAAGAUGUUCCUGUGGGCACCCUUCUUGUUUGGGUGGAGAGCGUUGACUUAGAUCUGGGCAGUGGAGGCCUCGUCACCUACAACCUCAAGAACACAGAGAGCGGGAUCUUUCACCUCGAUUCCUCCACAGGUGCCCUGACCCUCGAGAGGGAGCUGGACUUUGAGAGGCGGCCAUCUUACAACCUCACGGUGCGGGCAGUCGACCAUGGUCUGCCCCGCUCCCUCUCUUCCUCCUGUUUUGUGGAGAUUCAGGUUCUGGACGUCAACGAGAACCUCCACAGACCAGUGUUCUCAGAGUUUGUGUAUGAAGCCGGAGUGAUGGAGGAUGCAGCGGUGGGGACAUCUGUGGUAACACUUACGGCUUCAGACAAGGAUCUGGGCAGAGAUGGCGUCGUCAGGUACCACAUCCAUGAAGGCUCUGGUCUAGGAGUUUUCACCAUCGAUGAGGAAACAGGUGUGAUUCGUACAACAGAGACGCUGGACCGCGAGACGAUGCCUCACUACUGGCUUUCUGUCUACGCCACCGACCUGGGAAUUGAGCCUCUGAUCUCCUGGACUCACAUCUUCCUAGAGGUGCUGGACGUUAACGAUAAUGCUCCAGAACUUUCCCAGCUGAUGUACUUCGCAUCCGUCCAGGAGAACUUGGACAAGGUCAAAUCCGUCGUCCAGGUGUUGGCCAAAGAUGUAGACACAUCCUCCGAGGGGAAGCUUUCCUUCCAGAUGCUGGAAUCUCACCGGACAUAUUUUGACGUUGAUCCCAAAACAGGUGUUAUCAGCACUCUCUCAGCCUUGGAUCGGGAGGAUAAACCAGAGCACAGUAUCGAGGUAAUUGUUUCGGAUAACGGAUCUCCAUCUUUGCGCUCCACCGCCACCGUUGUGAUCCAAGUUCUGGACGCCAACGACAACCGACCGAAGUUCACAGACAAACUUUUCCACGUCAAGCUCCUUGAGCAGCGCCACCUGGCGGGUAAGCAGGAGGUCUGCAGGAUGGUUGCCCGUGACGAUGACGAGGGCUCAAAUGCUGUGGUAAACUACAAUCUCCAAGACAACCAGGAUGAGCGUUUUGAUAUUGACCCGGUGACGGGUGUGGUGACAUCGCAUGGUGAUUUCUGGCCUGGGAACUACACUAUUCUCACGAUUAAAGCCACAGACCAGGGCAGCCCAUCGCGAUCAUCCACGGCCCGACUCGACAUCGAGUGGGUCGCCCGCCCACCCUCCUCUGCUGAGCCAAUCACGUUUGACGAGCCCCACUUCACCUUUGCCGUCAUGGAAACGGAGCCUGUCACUCACAUGGUGGGAAUCAUCAUGACAGAGACGCAUCGGCUGAGGUGGUUUGACAUCGUAGCUGGUGAUGAGGAAAAGGACUUUGACAUCCAGAGAAACAGCGGAACCAUCUCGAUUGCCCGCAGGCUCGAUGCGGCUCGGCGCUCCAACUACAAUCUGACGGUGCAGGUCACAGACGGCCACCACAACGCCACCACUCAGGCCUACAUCCGUGUGCUGGACAUGAAUGAACAUCGGCCGGUUUUCGUGAAGCAGCUGUACAAGGUGAGAGUUCCUGAGGACACCUCCCCUUGGAAGGACAUCCUGCAGAUCAGUGCCCAGGACAUGGACACCAACAGUAAGCUGGUGUACUCCAUCCACAGCAGCCUCCAUCCAGACAGCACCAAGUUCUUCCACCUGGACCCAAAGAGUGGAGUCCUGGUGAUGACGGAGGAGCUCGACUACGAGAUGAUCUCUGUUCAUACUCUCUUUGUCAUGGUGCGUGAUCAGGAGAUCCCAGUAAAGAGGAACUUUGCGAAGGUGGUGGUUCAGGUGGAGGACUGUAAUGACCAUUCACCAGCUUUCAUCAGCCCUCGGUACGAGGCCAGCAUCUCCAACCUGGCCCCUACAGGCUCCGAGGUUGUCCGGGUCAAGGCACUGGACAAGGACAUGGGCAGCAAUGCUGUCAUCAGCUACUCUCUGCACUCUGGUAAUAUCGACAACAUCUUCUCCAUCGAUCCAGAGCUGGGCUCCAUCAGUGUUGCUAAACCUUUGGACCUUCAGCCUCAGGACCAGUUCCACCUGACGGUGAAGGCCACCGAUCAGGGCUUCCCACCGCGCAGUGACCUCUGCUCCAUCCACAUCCACGUCCGCAUUUCCGACCAAACCCCACCAGCCUUCCCUUCGGACGAAUACUUAACAGAGAUCAGUGAGUUAAGCGCCCUCGGAACAGCAGUGGUCACCAUCUCAGCUUCCAGCCCAGCUGCAGUUCAUUAUGGGAUAGAAAGUGGCAAUCCAAACGGGACAUUUCAUAUCAACCCCUACACUGGGCUGAUCACAACCCAAAAGCACCUUGAUUUUGAGACGUGCUCCUCCUACAAGCUCAAAGUUACAGCUUCCACUACAGCUGGAGCCUCGUCCAAGACUGUGGUUUACAUUUAUGUGAUUGACGAGAAUGACAAUGCUCCCAUUUUUCAGCAGAGGGAAUAUUUAGGGCAAAUAAGUGAAUCAGCUCACAUAAACAGCAUGGUGAUGGGCGAAAGAAACACCCCUCUGGUCAUCCAGGGUUCAGAUGCAGACAGAGACUCAAAUUCUCUGCUGGUGUAUCAGAUCCUUGAACCGGAGAUCCAGAAAAUCUUUAAGGUAGACUCCAGUAUGGGCACCAUCUCUUUAAUUUCACCUGUCGACUUUGAAUCCAGGGCUGAGUAUCACUUCACCGUGCAGGUAAAGGACUCAGGGGAGCCAUCACUGUACGCAGCAGAGCCUGCCAAGGUCACUGUUCGUGUCCUGGACCUGAAUGACUGCCCUCCACAAUUCACCACCCCGGUGUACGAGCCAUCCAUCAUUUUCCCAGCUGUCAGAGAUACAGAGGUCGUGCACGUCAUGGCCCAUGACGCCGACUCGGCAGUCUCAUACAGCAUCACUGAGGGGAAUCUUCACAAUGCCUUUUCAAUUCACCCCAAUACUGGAGUCAUCACCGUGAGCAACGUGUCUGAGUUCAGGCCGUUUUACCAGCUGGUUGUCAAAGCCUCUGACGGGCUCUACAAAGACUCGGCUACUGUCACGAUAAAUGUAACAAACCUAACAACAAGUGAUCUUGGAUUUGAACACAAAGUGUAUUCAGCAAGCAUUACAGAAAACCUGAAGACAGUUAAAACUCUGGCAGCACUAAAAGCUGCAGGUUGUUAUUUAAAUGAGCCGCUUCUGUAUUCUGUGGUAAACCCAAUGGGAAGGUUCACAAUUUCCCGGACAUCAGGCGUGCUUGAAACAACAGGUGUUCCUUUUGACAGAGAGGAACAAGAUGUGUAUGACUUAGUGGUGAAAGUACAAGACAUGAGAACCCCAGCCAGGACGGCUACCACUCAGGUCAAGGUUUUUAUAGAUGAUGUCAAUGACAACUCUCCGCAGUUUCUAAACCUGCCAUUUUCAAUGAUGAUAUCUGAGGACUCUGAACCGGGAGAUGUUUUGUAUCAAGUAACUUCCAUCGACAGAGAUUUAGGGGAGAAUGGAUCAAUCAUGUACUCACUGGUGGAAGACUACGACCUCUUCAGAAUAGAUCCUGAUGUAGGCGACGUGUCCCUUCAGCGGCCUCUUGACUUUGAAGCCCUGAACAAGUAUGUGUUGACAGUCUUGGCUGUAGAUGAAGGUGAGCCCAGUCACAGCACCCUGGCACAGCUCACUAUUCAAGUGAGGAAUCGGACCAACCCAGUUUUCCAGACUCUUCUUUACCCGCUGAAAGUCCCUGAAAAUGUUCCUCCCUUCACCACCAUCUUACACGUCCAGGCCAGAAACCCAGAAGGCUAUCGGCUCAUCUACAAUCUUGAAGAAGAAAAUGCCUCAAAACACUUUCACAUUGAUUUCAAAACAGGUGUACUGACCAUCACCAACCCCCUCGACUACGAGAGUCAGAGUAUGCAUGUGUUGACGGUUCGAGCGACUGACUCUGUGACCGGAGCUUUCUCUGACGCCUCAAUAGAAAUAGAAGUGGAGGAUGUGAAUGAUAAUGCACCAGUUUUCUCAAAGCUACUGUACAGUGUGAAUGUUGCUGAAGGGCUCCCAGUUGGCACUUCAGUGAUACAACUGUCUGCGUCUGACACGGACUCUGGCAGAAAUAAAGAUUUGAUCUUCAAGAUCAUGAAAACGGAGGGGAAUGAGACUGAUUUCUUUGAGAUUGAUGCUCAGAGCGGGUUGAUUGUCACAAAGCAAGUGCUGGAUCAUGAAAACACAAAGCACUUUAAUUUGAAAAUCACAGCCACUGACAACGGCACCGUUCCUCUUAGUGGUGAAGCCAGUGUCUUUGUAAAUGUCACAGAUGUCAAUGACAAUCCACCAGAUUUUGUCAGCUCCCACUAUGAAGCCACACUGGAUGAAAUGGCAAAGUGUGGCCACAUAGUCAUCAAAAUCCAAGCUUCAGACCGCGACGACAGUGACCUCAAUAACCUCAAAUACAAAAUCCUCUCAGGGAACGAAGGCCGUUACUUCAAUAUCAAUGAAUCCUCAGGAAUCAUCUCCUUUUCCAACGUCUGCAAGAGGAAUCUGGAUCCUUUCUAUAACCUGACAGUGGCGGUGUCUGACGGAGUGUUUCAGAAAACGGCACCAGUCAAUAUUGACAUGAUUAACAGCAACAGGCACAGUCCUUACUUCAAACAGAAUAUCUAUGAGGCCGAGCUGGCUGAAAAUGCGGAGGCAGGAACUCGUGUGAUCCGAUUAGCUGCCAUUGACCCUGACGAUGGGCCAUAUGGCAGCGUUGACUACACCAUCAUCAACAAACUUGCUGAUGAGAAAUUUUCCAUCGAUAAUGAUGGGCAGAUUGUUACAACGCAGCCACUGGACAGAGAAAACCCGGCCCAGAGGGUCAUAGCUAUUAAAGUGAUGGCAAAAGAUGGCGGCGGAAAAGUGGCCUUUUGCACUGUCAAGAUUAUUCUCACCGAUGAGAACGACAACAUACCUCAGUUCAAAGCAUCAGAGUACCAGGUUUCUAUACAGUCAACUGUAAAUAAAGGCUCCCCUGUCAUUCAGAUCAUGGCUUAUGAUGCAGAUGAUGGCAAAAAUGCAGACGUCACCUACACUGUAGACGAAGCCGAAGAAGUGACAGAAGACAUCAUUGAGAUCAACCCUUUCACCGGGGUUGUGAGUGUCAAAGAGAGUCUUGUCGGCAUGGAGAACAAGAUCUUUAACUUCAAAGUAAAGGCUCGUGAUGGUAGCCUGCCCUUCUAUAACACCACAGUCCCCGUUCAAGUCAAAGUGGUUCCUCCCGAGGUUCCUCUUCCAAAGUUCUCAGAGCCUCUCUAUACCUUCUCAGCUGCUGAGGACAUCCCCGUAGGGACGGAAGUAGGCUCUGUGAGGGCCGACUCCGACAUGCCUCUCAUUUACAGCCUGGUGAAUGGGAACACAGUUGAAAGCAACAAAGACAAAGUUUUCAGCUUGGACAAAGAAAGCGGAACUCUGCUGUUGCAGAAGACCAUUGACCACGAAAAGACAAAGUGGUACCAGAUAGAUGUGAUCGCCCAGGGGAACCACAACGGGACUGAUGUGGCAUCACUGGUGUCUGUCAGCAUCCAGGUGCAGGAUGUGAAUGAUAACCAGCCGGUGUUUGAUGCAAGCCCAUACAGGGCCUUCCUGGCUGAGAACAUGCCCGCUGGAACCACUGUCAUUCAGGUGACCGCCAACGACCCAGACACAGACACCAAUGGUCUUGUAACCUACAGCUUGGAGUCACUGCCUGAUGACAACACGACCGACAUUACCAAGGUGUUCUCCAUCGAUGGCGAGAGUGGCUGGAUCACGACUGUACAGGAGACGGACUGCGAGGCCACCAGAGUCUACAGGUUCAACGUGGUCGCUACGGAUCACGGCAGCGAUGUCAAGCUGUCGUCCAGCGUCCUGGUGGAGGUGACGGUGACGGACGAGAACGACAACCCGCCAAAGUUCUCCAAAGACGUGUACCGCGGCUCCGUGGUGGAGAACAGCAGUCCAGGUGAAGUCAUCAUCUCCAUGACAACCACAGAUGCCGAUGUGUCUCUGGAGAACCGCUUGGUGACGUGUUACAUCACAGACGGAGACCCGUUGGGCCAAUUUGCCAUCAUCCAAGAGGACGAGGGCGAAUGGGGUUUGAUCGUGAAGGAACGUCUGGACCGAGAGACCAAAGACAGAUACACACUCAAAGUCACCGCCACUGAUGGGAAGUUUGAGGCUCCAGUUACUGUGGAAGUCCACGUGCUGGACAUCAAUGACAACAGUCCACUGUGUGAACAGCUGGUGUACACAGAGGUGGUGAUGGAAAAUUCGCCCUCCAGCAUGUUUGUGCUGAAGGUCUCCGCUUCAGAUCCAGACGUGGGAGCUAAUGGCCAGAUCUCCUACACCCUCCACGGCCCUGACGCAGACAAGUUCCAUCUCGACCACAGAACAGGUGAGCUGUUCACUCUGGCUGUGUUGGACCGUGAGAGGGAGGUCGAGUACAACCUGGUGGCGAAGGCGACGGACGGUGGGGGGCGGUCCUGUCAGGCGGACAUUCUGCUGAUGAUCCAGGACAUGAACGACAACCCGCCUCACUUCUCCUCCAGCCACUACGAGGUCACCGUGUUCGACAACACGACCGUGCGGACGCCCAUCGCCGUCAUAUACGCCAAAGACCCAGACACUGGUAUAAACUCAGAGGUGAAGUACUCCCUCCUGGCGGGUGACAAUGGUUAUUUCUCUUUGGACGAGUUUUCGGGGAUCCUGCGGCUGGAGCGACCUCUGACCGCUGACACCCCGCCCACCUUCGAGCUGAAGGUAAAAGCCACCGACCGCGGCCUGCCCCGUCACCUCUACUCCAUCGCCACUGUGACGGUGGACGUGGUCUCCCUGGACGACUACCAGCCCGUCUUCCUGAGCUCCGAGUAUACCGCCCAGCUCCCAGAAUCCUUAGCGGUUGGGGCGGAGGUGCUGAGUGUCUCUGCCCUCACCAGAGAUGGUGGAGGGCCGGAUCCUGUCAUGUAUCGCAUCAUCUCUGGCAACGAGGACGGACGGUUCCUGCUAGACUCACGAACAGGCCUCCUGACCCUCGUCGCACAGCUGGAUUUUGAAGUUUCCCGGGAGUACUACUUGUCUGUGGAGGGAAGCCGUGGCAAGUCGUCCCUCAGCGACAUCACCACGGUCAUCAUCAACGUGACGGACGUGAAUGAUAACACGCCGGCGUUCGGACAGGGCGACUACAGCGCUGAAAUAUCCGAGGACCUGACGCCUGGGCGCCUGGUGAUGAAGGUAACAGCCACUGAUCAGGACGGUCCGAUCAACAAUCUGCUGCGUUACUCCAUAGUAAGCGGAGACCCCCUGCAGCAGUUCUCUAUUCACCCUCGCAACGGGGAAAUCACAGUCCGGACGGCAGUGGACAGAGAGGAGAUCCCUCAUUACUCUCUGACGGUUCAGGCGGCGGAUGAAGGAGAUCCUCCUCUGUCGUCUGCGGCCCUCAUCACCAUCACCGUCACCGACGUCAAUGACAACCCGCCGGUGUUCUCCCAGGUCAACUACAAUCUGCAGCUGCAGGAGGGCGAGUCAGUCGGCAGCAGCAUCCUCCAGCUUGUGGUGACGGACAGGGACACGCCGAGGAACGGCCCGCCUUUCUCCUUCCACAUCGUCAGUGGAAACGAGGAUCGUCGUUUCCACGUUGACCAGGGCGGCCUGCUGUCGCUUUCUGCUCCACUCAGGAAGAGGGUCAAACCCCACCAUCGGCUUAAGAUACAGGUGACGGACAGCGGCCACCCUCCCCUCUCCUCCAUCUGUGUGGUCAACAUCAAUGUCACCGAGCAGAGCAAGUACCCUCCCUCUGUUGUGCCUUUAGAGGUGUUCAUCACUACCUCCAGAGGGCUGUUUGCCAGCCGGGUCAUCGGAAGACUCCAUGCUUCAGACCAGGACCUGCAGGAUGUCCUGACCUACAACCUGGUAUCAGAAAACCCAGAUGGAGGACGGUUCUCGGUCGACCACGCUGAUGGUAAGAUCUGGGCAGAUGAAAAUCUGGAGGAGGGCUCGUAUUCACUCAACGUCAGCGUGACUGACGGGAAGUUCAGCGUCUGGACCGGGGUCAAAGUUCACGUGUGGGCAGCCAAUCAGAGGGUGCUGGACUCCGGCCUGACCCUGCAGCUGGUCGGUAUGUCCCCGGAGGAGUUUCUGGGCGAUCACUGGAAAGGCCUCCAGCGCAGCCUGGGUCAAGCUCUGGGUUUACCCAGACAAGAGCUUCACCUGGCCAGCCUGCAGCAGCAGCGUGACACCCAGGUUCUGGAGGCCUUGCUGAUCUGGAAGCCUCAUAGUGGACUCGUCCAGUCUCUACCAACCAGCAGACUCGCAGGUGUUAUAUCAGACAUCGAGGACUCUCUGGGCCUGAGCAUCCUCAGGGUGAGCCACAACGGGUGUCUGGGUACCGGCUGUCCGCCACGAGGCUGCAGGAACGCUGUCCGGCUAACGGGGGAGAGACUGGGCCAUUUCACCACCGCCAGAGCUGGUUACAUCACCCCCCAGCACACAUGGGAGAGCGUCUGCCCCUGUAAUGAGUCGGCAGUAAGGUUCGAUGGUAAGUCCUACCUCAGGUACCUUCACAGGAUGGACGAGGACAACCAGGAUUUCAAACUGUCACUGAGGUUCAAGACUUUCCAGGAGCAGGGCCUCAUCGCGUCCACCAACAGCACCAACGACUAUGGGAUCUUACAGCUGAUCGGUGGAGAACUGCACUUCAGGUACAGCUGUGGAAACACGCCCCCUGGUUCUUUACUCAUCAGAUCUGUUCCGGUAUCAGACGGCGGCUGGCACAGCGUCCUGCUGGAGGUUAACUCCACCGCCUUGAGGCUGACCCUGGACCAGCAGCAUCCAGCCUCCACCAUCCUGACCGAGCCAUGCCGGAUGAUGCGCUCCCAUGGUGCUUUGCUCUUCGCUUCGCUCGCCCAGGGCUCUGCUCCUGAGGUCUACGGGCGCCCCCGUAAUUUCAUUGGCUGCCUGGAGGGCCUGGAGGUCAAUGGGGAGCCAAUCAGAGUGGGCGACAUGGCGGAGUGGACGGGGUCAGGGAGCAGGCGGGUGUUUGGGGUGUACCAGUGCUGCAGCAGGGCAGGAGCCUGCAACAACAACCUGUGUCAGAACGGAGGAGUGUGCGAGGAGGACGCCGCCGGAGAGCCGCGCUGCAGGUGUGCGGGACUCUUCCACGGCGCCCGCUGCGAGCUGGCCGACAACCCGUGCGCUUCCCAGCCAUGUGCCCACGGCAGGGUGUGUGUGCCCAAGGCUUACGGUUACAUGUGCAACUGCUCUCUGGACAACGCUGAAGCACGGUGCCACAACCAGGUAGAAGUGUGUUCGCCCAACCCGUGUCCAGGAGGCUUUGACUGUAAAGUCACUGACGGCGCCAUCCACUGCGACCCACUGCCUCAGAAGCUAACUCCUAUGAUCGGCUAUGUGGAAAUCUUGGAGAUCGGCGCCAGCGUGCUCGGAUUACUCUUCUUGGUCGGCAUCUUUGUUUGCGUCAGGAAACGCUAUGUUCAGCAGAAGAAGAAAAAGCCAGUCUGUGUCCAGGACUCCAACGGCUAUUUCCAGCCCAGUCUGGCCAAGAGUCUCAAAGCCGACAAACAAGAAGGCAACCCCAUCGAGAUGAGCUCGCUGGUCGGUCCCACCAACGACCUCGACCACACGCCGUUUAGGUCGCUUCGGCCGCGCAGCCAGAUCAGUUCGUCAGGAGGCGGGGUUUCCUCUCCGAAGGCGCACGGGCCGGUUGUGUGCAGCGUGGCCCCCAACCUCCCGGCCAGGCCGCCGUCCAGCUCUGACAACGACUCCAUCAGGAAGAACCACUGGGACCUGGACUAUGAAGUCUAUCCCGCAGACCCUGACUACUACGGCCGCCCAACCGUCCAGGAGUUCCCCCAGUUUGACAUCGUAGAGGACACUUACUCCACCUCCACCAUGGACUCGCGGAGGAACUCUCGUUUCGGCGGCUUCCCGUUCCCACUGGACCGCUGUGACCGCCGCGCACCCCUCCCACCAUGCUACAGCAACCAGAACCUGGAUGACUUCCUGGGUCCUGACGGGCUCCCUCUUCCCAGCUCCCAGUGCCCCAACGAGUACACCGCCAUCAGCUACUACCCCACCCAGCACACCCGCAGCCUGGACAACGUCUCAGGGGGCUACAAGAGACUCAGCAUGCGCCUGAGCGUGGCCAUGCCAUCGUAUGCGGAGCAGGCCAGCCCGCCACCGGCACCAAACCCCGCCCAGCCUCAAACACGACCCACUGGGCAGAACCCACAAAGCUACGACGGGCAGAGCAUGGUGGAGAGCGAUUACGGGAGCUGCGAGGAGGUAAUGUUUUGAAACAAAUUUGGCCCAAAGCUUACAUCCUUUUAUGCCCAUCUGCAUCCUGUCCAUGAUUACGCACUUUUAGUUCCACAUGGAAACCUGAACAGCACAAGUACAUGCCAUCUACUGUUCCUCCACUCUGAGGCGGCUUUGUGUACAAGCACACAUCUUAGAUGGGAUCCUUUGAAAACUACUGAACAGCGGCUCAGCUGUCUCUCGCUGUGAGAUCUGAGUCUUUUUUUUUCCACUCUGAUGCAGAUGAAAGCACCAUGUGGAACAAUAGUUCAGAUGUCUUUCAUUUGUUGGACUUUUUAAAACAGCGUGGUCUUGCUGUGCCAGAGUAGAUGGGGGUAACUCAGGACUCCUCGGUUACCUCAGUGGAAGAAGUUCAGCAGAAGUUCAUGUUUUUGUCUUAAGACGCGCCGGCAAGAGCACUCAUUAACGAGGGCUCUGAAGUCGUGAACAGUAUUACUGACUUGACUGUGGACUGUGUCAAAGUCAAAACAAGGAAAAACUUAAGAUUUUUUUUUUUUAAAGCUUCCACAAGGGAGAAUCUGCCUCUCAGAAGAGGGGUCAGCUUUCCAAACAUGAGCAAACAACAUCUCCUGCAUUUCACUCCUCAGACACAUCUGACAAGCUGGUUACUCUAAAGACAUCAUUCAAAGCUCUGCCAAACACUGAUACUGGUAUGUAUACUAUGCACUGUAUGAUGUGAUGGAACAUAAGAAAGCAGGCGUGAGGAAAACACUGUUGCCAUGACAGUGGCCAACAUGACAUUCAGCCGACAACGCUCGUUCAGAAAUGUCUUUGUGAUGAAAUCCUGAUAGAGAUCUGAUGGGGCCUGUUCCAUUGUAUGAAAAGUAAAUCACCAGCGAGGUUUAUCACGUCCACACUCGGCUGCUGCAUGUUUCAGUUCAUGUGAAAUUUAUUUAAUCAUUAAAAAAAACGCAAGAAUGUCAGAAACGCGGGCCCACUAUUUCAAAUCCAGACAUUUUAAAAGUGACAUUAAGCACAUUUCAUGCAGGAUGAACAUUUCACUGAACUCGUUAAUCAGCUUACUGUUGAUUGUUGAUGUCUGUUACAAUGAAGGAGGCUGGAUCCUCACAAAAAAAAAAAACCAACAAAAAAACAAGUGACACUGGUAUUAGUCGUGAAGUAGAUGUAUUUUAACUUUAUCUGUUACGAGUAGAAACCCUGUUUCUCCCUGUAAACUCUGUAGAUUUUGAAUCUUAAUGAGUGUAAACUAGAUUACAGUGUUUUCUUAGAAGGAGAGUUAGUGUUUGUGGUCAGGUUUUGCUCUCCAGUGUUGCUACCCUUGAUGAUAAAAGGAACACUUAAUGUGGAGCAGUUUUAGCAGAAGUAAAUAAAGGUCUAUGCAGCCAUUUUAAAUGGUGCACAUACACAAGCUCGAGAUAAAAGAAAUGCUUGUUUUGGUUUAGGAGCUCGUUGUGCAGAAUGCUGCAUAUUAAAAAGCGAAUGUGUUAUGCUGAAUAGCAGAGUGAGUGUUCAGCAUUAAGAGCCACGAUGUUCAAAAAUCAAAGGUCACUUCAUCAGCAUUUCUUUGAUAAAACAGUUAACAGCUAAAGAUAAUCACUUUACUGCAUGCUACUUAAUACUGACUGUUGUGUUUUGUUUUUUUUUUGUUGAUCCAUGAUUGAUUCAUAACUCCACAAUCAACUGAAUAAUUAUUUCAGGUCUAAAAAUCUUCAUUUCUUGUGUUUUCGAAUUAACUAGAUUCACUAAAAGAAACGAACAGUGGCAGCAAUGUAUUGUCCCCGUUAGUAAAGUCAACAAACAAACAGCCUAUGGUCCGUUUGUGUACCUUGUUUUGGUACAACAUAUCCUGAAUGUUAGCAUAGCUACAGAAAGCCACAUGCAUUAUGCAUAAGUUGACAUAGUAAACAUAAUAAAAACAGAUGUUUCAGCAGAUGUUUCAGUUUGGCCACUCAGCAGUUACACCAUUCUCCAGUCUAUAUUCAAACACCGAGCUCAAACUGAUUUGUUCAUGCGUCGCCAUGACAACCAGUGUCAUCAAGUGGUUAAACCGUUCAAACAACAUACAGCCUCGAUCAGGUUGCUUGUGAAUUCCAGCGCAGUCAGACGCUUCAAAGAUCAGAUCAGGAAGACAAAUCAGAUUGUUCCAGCUGUUUGGACAGUUUGUGUUUUGACAAACGAUGGUGCGCAGGGGGAAUGUGUGCGCUCCGUGUUUACUGCUGCUGCCUCCAUGUAAACGUGUUGAGGAUGCAGAUGAUGCUUGUAAAAAUCAAAACCUGCAUCAACUGGAUUUUUUUUUUUUUUUUAACAGCUCUCAGAGGUCAGGGAGAUACGUAAGACAUGAGGGCAUUGUUUGCACUAGAAAAAAACAUUUGUUGUAACAUGUAUGUGUUAAGAGACAUCAGGGUGAUUCAGACAGACUGUCAGACACAGGAAAAAAUGCUUCUCUACAGCUCUUUCAUUUGUUAUGGCUGAAAAAUCUCUCCCAUCUGGAACCAUAAUAGGCUAAAUCAAAGCACACACACUGAAAAUAUUAAUACAUAUUUAGUCACUGCUGGUUUUUACUGCCGUCUUGCUGAGCUGCUGCUGAGCUUUGGCACAAUCCCUGAGAAAGGAAUUAGGGUUUGUAGGCAUUUGCAGCACCGGAUGCAUUAAGAGAGACUUGCGUGGCUGCCACUGCACGUGCUGUUUGUGGAGUUAAACAGAUUUCAGCUGAUCACUUCUCACUUCUGUUUACCUUAUGCACGCAGGCUAAAUCUGUCUUCUCUGAUUCCUGCAGCAAGGCUUAAAGAAUAUUUUUCAAUCACACAUAAACACAUGAGCAACCAGGAAACUUUACAUGCUACAGCAUUUUGGGAAAUUUUCUUAUUUUCCAUCUUCACAAGAGUUUGAUGAGAAGAUCGAUAUUGGCUUUAUCUCUGCAUGUUUUAUUCUGGUAGCAGGAAAAAAUGCAAGCAUUCAUAAUAACUAAGAAGAAAAAUGCCCUUCAGCAACACAUUUACAUGUUGUAUCACAGAGCGGGACUAGCCGUUUGCUCCUGCUUACACUUUCUGUGCUAAGCUAACAUGUCACAAAGCUACUUCUUUAUAAACGGCAGAGGAAUAACUAACCUUCUCAUCUAACACUUGCUGCAGAUUAUGCACGAACUCAGAGUAAAUGACGUGUUUAAGUUCAGAUGCAGCUUCAAAAUUUAAGAGAAAUACAUUUUCUAACCAUUAAAGAAUCACAUGGAGCUCGUUUCACUUUGCCAGAGAUAAAAAGUUUUGAUAGAGAAAAAUCUUUAAUCCUUAACUCUCAUAACAGACAACUAGCUGAGGCCAUGGUGCAGUGACAGCAUCUUACAAAUUAGUUGAGAAAAUCAAACCUCCACACAGAAAAAAGAGCAGUGAUGCCUCAGAAUAGUUUUUUAAAUUAAUUUUAAAAUUAAACAAAUCCUGUCAACUUUAAUCAGUGUAUUAUUACUGCAUGAAAUGUUUAAGUCUGAGUAUUGUAAGACAAUAUUGUCAGCAAGAGCUGAGAAUUUUUGAAGAUCAGAGAAAUUUGUUUAGAACUUAUUUUGCACAAUCUGAGAAUUUGUUGCUAAAUCCGCCUAAAAGUUUAACUGCCAUUGGUGUCGUACACUGUGGGUUGACGUCUGUCUCAUCUCUGGUGGUUUAACUGUGACUGUUGUCUUAGAUAAAACAAUUUUUCCAGUCCUCUGUAAAAAAAAAAAAACCUUAUUAUCUACAGUUAUUGUGUUGUAUAUACGGUCUGUAUCUGUGUGUCGCAGUCGUUGGUUGUUUGUGCAGAAUAUGACUUUACAUGAAUAUACACCACAUUUGUUUUCAUUCAUAAAGUUUAUUUUUGUAUCAAUGUGGGCUGCCCCAUGUUUUGCUCUGUUGUUUCUCUGUGAGAGAUUUUAUUAAGAUGCCAUCCUUCCAUUUUUGUUUUUCAAUAUUGUAAAGAGUAUGAAUAAAGAUAUUAUCUUUUAUGAACUUUGA